AAGCCACCAAACCCUUCGACAUUGACUUUGUUUUUGAAAAAAAAAAAAAAAAAAAACCUCUCUCCACCAUGACCGUGCUCUUCCUCAACGACCAAACCAUCCUAGAUUUCAUCGACGACGGGGAGGCCUUCGGCCAGUGCGCCGCUGAGCGGUUCCAGAAGCUGGACGUCGACGGGGAUGGGCUGCUCUCUCGCGACCAGCUCCGGUGGAGCUGCACAGCCUCGGACCACGAGAGGGACGCAGAUGAAGGGGCUGAUGAGCUGUUCGGUGCGGCUUUGGAUCGGUGUGGCGAGGACAAGGACGGGGUGAUCGACCCCGAGGCGUUCAAGGGGUUUGUCAAGGAGAUCAUGCUCGCGUUGGCCCGUGGGAUCGGCGGCGUGCCCGUCGCGAUGGUUGUCCAGGAGGAUAGCUUGUUCAUCAAGGCCGUUGAACAUGAACUGGAGCAAAGAUGGAAGAGGGUCCCAUCGGCAGCAACAAUUGUAAGCACGCCUCGUUCGAGCGCUAAAGAGAGGAAAAACAAAGCCAGGUUAGGCCUGUUUCUUUGCUUCUGUGGGGAACGAUCGGAUAAGCAUCACAGCCAUGAGCAAGUCCAUCAUCACCAAGAAAUGGACAUUUAAUGGUCGAAAGAUUUUUCCCCCAUCACCAUUUCUGCUUUUCCUUGAUCGAAUGAUUGCCAAGAGAGGAACGAGGAUUCAUGUUUUGGAUUGGAUCUGAACAGAAACUGCUUGUGGAUGUGCAGUUUCAUCUGUCAUAAAGAACUGAGCGUUAGAUUAUGAUGUUUGGAGGGACUGAGCCUUGUUCACCGUUUCAAAACAAGGAAGCACUCCAUGAUCUUACCAUCUUUUAAUUUCUUGUUGUCAUUCAUGGAGUCGUGACUGGUUCCAGGCCACAAAUAAGAUAUAUGGAAACAAAUUUUCUUGGUUGGUAUAAAUGAAUGUCUGAGGUUUGCAGAGCAAGAAUGUUU